CUGUGUCUCGCUCUCUCGUUGUACGUGUGUGUGUUCGCUGUCAUGAGCUGCGCGCGCGCAUAAGCUCUUUACUUGUGUUUAUGUCGUCUCUUGUAAUUGAAAAAAAAUGGAUAUGAUGUGCAUUAAUCAAAGUAAUCAAAAUUUGGCACACAUAUGUAGGCUGUGUAUGCGUGUAAGGUGAAACGAAAGUGGCUGGCAAAAGUGAAACGCCCACAAAAUCAAAUUAAGCCAAGAAUCUAGCCAAACCACUUGGCUAAAGCCCACAUAUAAAAAUAGUUACAACAACAGCAGCAGCAGCAGCUUCUGCACAAAAAUUUCACCAAGAACAGGCUGUGUGUGUUUGUGUCUGUGUGUGUGUGUGGGGCCUGCCAAGCCUGCCAAUUCGAGCGCCUGCAAAGUGUUAUUUUUUUUAUGUUCUCUUUUUCUACCGUGAUGUGGAUUAUAUAUGUAUGACAUCUGCGCUGCUUCUUCUUCUGCUCAUACAGCUGUGGCCUGACUUAAUGGCCUCGAGGCGGCAGCUUCCAUGUGAAUUGGCCAUUGGUCGCCGGCCAAGACAGACAUAAUCACAGCCAUGCAGUUGUCAGCGGACGUCAUGGCGACCUCAUCUGGUUCGAAUCUGGAUGCGGCAGCAACUCGCUGCGAUCUCAAUGGAAAUGCAACAACAACAACAGCAACAACAAAGGCGUCAGCGUCGCCGCGUAAAGAAAAGACAAUACUCGGUUGGCUGGUGAAAAGUGCAAGUGCGAGCGAUAAAGCUAACAAUAACGAUAACGAUAACGAUAGACAUAACGAUAUCAACAAUCAAGGCGGCAACAACAACAGCAACAACAACAGUUGCCACUGCGAAACGCGCGCAUUUCGCGAUUUCCGCGGCGUCCAAACGCUGCGUCUGCUCUGGAGCAAGCGCAUCAGCAGCGCCAGCGCGGAGGCAGCCGCAGCCCAACAGCAGCGGGAACAGGUGCAGGGGCAGGGGCUGGGCACAUUGCGGAAGCUGAAUAAGUCGGUUAGCUGUUUGGUGAAUGCGUUUAAUAACGCGCGCGAUUGGCCCAGCCUGACGAACGCGCACGAAACGCGCGCAAAACGCGCGGCCAGCUUGCACAAUCUGCAAGAGCCGCCGGUGACGUCACCGCAACUACAACGGGACAAAGAUAAUUUCUACAAGUACAAAAACGCCGAACAGGCCAAAAUGCAAAACAAGCUGCGACGCGGCAGCGACGUGACUGCAAACGCGAGCGCGACUUUUCCCGCGGUCAAGGCGGGCGGCGCGGCGGGCGAGCGUUUGCAGUGGCCAAAACGUGAGGACAUCGUGAGCAAGCGCAAAACGGAGCGAGAGCGCAGUCUAUCUGAUAAUGAGCAUGAGAAUGCGACAGACUGCGAGCGGAAGGGGGAGCAGGUGAAUCUUAUCAGCGCUGGACGUGAGCAGCCAGCAGCAGCAGCAGCAGCUGGAACGGCGGCAAUUCGCAUUAGUUUCAGCGCGACGAGCUUCGAUGGCGGCAGCAGCGAGUCGCUGCAGACGGUGAAUUCCAUAAAUUCCAAUACGACCACGAGCACGGCGACCACCGUGACGUCACGCGCUGCGGGCACGCGUCGCAAAUACAGCUUCAAAACACAUGCGGGCAAAUCAUUCCAUCAGCAUCACACGCCGCGACGCAUGUCCAGCCACAGCCACAGUCACAGCCACAGCCAGGCCGCAGAGUCCAGCCACGCCUCCGGCUCCGGCUCGGCGUCGGGCGUGGUGCGCCAGCUGACGCAGCAGUUCAAUGAGAUCAUACAGAAGGAUGCCCGACUGCUGGAGCAGGUGAAGCGCAAGAAUGGCGUCUGGCUGGCGCGUGGCGCCCAUGUCUACAAGAUCGUCGAGAAGCCAGCCGUGCAGCAGGCGCAGCAGCAAUCGGAGCAGCAGGCGGAGCAAUCGGCGCGCAGCUCCAUGGUGCAGCGCAACAUCAAGAAGUUCGAGAAGCUGGAGAAGCCAGCGGUGCCGCUCAAGCCGCAGCAGCUGCUGCGCAAGCAUCAGGAGCAAAUGAACCAAAGGCCCAGCACGCUCAGCCUCAGCAAGCAGAUGCGCAGCAAGCGCGCCCGCAGCCAGCAGCAGCAGCAGCGGGAGCAGCAGAAGGAGCAGGAGCUGACGGUGGUGCGCGAGGAGCUGGCCAAGACGCCGCCGGAGCUACAUGCUAGCACGGACGAAGGUGUGCAAUCGGACGUGGACGUGGAUGAUGCUACAAAACCAAAGCUCGCUGAGUCAGCGCUGACUCAAAUGCUGCCCGUCGAUGAGCUGGAUGAUGCGGAGGGCGCGGACAGCGAGGCGGAGGAGCGGCAGAAGCAGCGCAAGCACAAAUAUGCCACGAUCUACGAGAAGCUGCGCUUCCUGCCCUUCGCCAAAGGCGGCAAGAAAUCCGCUUCGCCUUCGCCCAUCAAAACAGCAGCUGCAGCAACAGCUGCAGCUGAGCAGCAGGAUCCGGAGCCGAUGCCGUCGCCCUGCGUGGAAGCGGACGCCAAGAUCCUGGCCGCACUCGAGGUGCUCGACCAGAAGCUGAAAAUACUCGCGGAGCCGGCCAAAACGGCGGACGGGGAACUGCUGUUGGCGGUCAAUGAUGACUUCGAGCAGCGCCUGCUGCCCAACAGCUCGUUCAUCUACCAGGCGGCCAACAAGCAGAUCUCCAACAAUCAGCUGCUGCUCAACCAGGCCGUGAAUGUGACCCUGGUAAAUGCCAUUGAGGGUGAGCAAAUGAUCAUGGAACAGAAGCAAUUGGCCGCCGAUGAAGUGCAGCAGCAGCUGGAGCAGCAGUCAAGGCGGGAGCUGCAGGCCGAGCCGGAGGAGCCCAUGUACGAGCCCAUCACGCCCACAAUGGAGAGCAAGACUGAGCCGCAGGCGUCGAGCCUGUUUAAGUUAACAAGCCAAACGGUUAAGGAGCCGGACACACUCCAGCUCCCAGUGGAUGACAUCUAUCAAACUGUGGAGGAGGCAACAGCUGCAGCAGCUGCAACUCCAGCCGCGCCCACAGCCAAUGCCAACUGGCUGGAGGGCUACGAGUCCAUAGCGGGCUCCAUGCGGAACAGCAACAGCGACGACUACGAAGCCUUUGCGCCGCCAGCCACGCCCACAACAACAACAACAACACUGAGCACCGGCACACUGGGCCGGAAUACGCGUGAUGAGCUGCCGGAGCUGCCGAAGCCGAAGCGCGUGCUGCCCAAGUCGCCGCUAAUCCUGCGACCCGCGCCCGCCAAGCCCGUGCAGCCCAGCCGCUUGGCCGCUGGCAAGGCGUGCGCCGGGCCCGCAUCCACGGACGAGGAUGACGAGAACAUCUAUGACACCAUCAAGGGCUGCUACGAGUCGCUGGCCAUGCAGCGCAGCCAAAACGCCAACCUGCCCAGCACGGACGCCAUCUCGCUCAGCUCCAAUUGCUACGAGAGCAUCUCCAACUAUCGCAAGAGCAAGAACUCAGUUGCAAUUGGAGUGGGCGUGGUUGCGGGCGUGGGCGGCGUGGCUGGAGCAACUGCGUCCGGCGUGCAGCUCUCCAGCAGUGGCUCAACGCUGACCCUUGCCUCGGAUCAUCGCACGAAUAGUCUCUACGAAUCCUCGCUAGCUGCGGGCGUGCUCUACGGCAGCGCCAGCGUCGGCUGCCGCAGCUCCUUGGCCAGCAGCGGCGCAGGCAGCGCCGGCAGCGGGGGCGGCGGCGGCAUCGGCGGGGCGGGCAAGCAGUGCGACAAACGCUCCUCGAUAGCCGGCUCCAGCGACAACAGCGAUGCCUGGGUGGACAUAUCCGAUGGCGAGGCCAACGCAGCGGCGGCAGCCACCAGCGAGUCGCAGUUCGUUGUCGUUCGGGAACGCUUCAAGCAGCAUCGUGUUCGCAGCCCGGAUUGGUCGAAACGCAUCAGAGACAAAAGACUGCAACAAAACAAGGCGAAGAGCUGCAUUGAGGAUGACUCGGAUCACUAUUACGAGACGCUGGCGCCGCUGGGCAACAAGCGGCACUCGACGCAGCUGCUGCCGGGCCAGCAUCGGGUCUCGCAGCGGCGCAGCAAGCAGCAUUCGGCGUCGGCGCAGGCGCUGGGCCAGCAUCAUCAGAGCAACUCGGAUGACUACGACUCCUUCGAGACGGACAGCGAUGAGCACACGGAGCCGGAGCAGCGCCUGCAACACCACAAUGACAGCGGCGUGGACAUGCGCAAUCAUCGGCUGCCGGAGCCGCCGGCGCCGCAGAACCAAGUCUAUGCGAUUGUGCGCAAAUUCAAGGAUUUCAUCUCCAGCAAGAAGUCGCCCAAGGGCAGUCAGCAGAAGAUCUACGAGAACGGCAGCUCCGGCUCCCAGUUCUAUGUGGAGUGCCGCAGCAGGAGCAAGCAGGAGCAGUACGAGACUGCCGCCCGCUCGCUGAGCAGCUCCGAGCGCAAUCUGCUGGCCAGCCAAAGUCCGCAGGAGCAGCCACAGCAGCAGCAGCCCGCCUCAGCUGGCAGCUUGCUGCGAUCCAAGCCAAAGAAUGGCAAGAGCCUGCGCUCGCGACUGCGCAAGAGCCUGGUGGGCAACUCCUUCGAUACCAAACAGCUGUCCGCGCUGACGCCGACGCGCAGCACCUUCUACAUCGAGGAUCCGCCGUCGCAGCAGCAGCUGUUGGCGCUGCAGCAGGCCCAGCACGGCUCCGGCGAGCUGGACUCGGGUUUCUCGGAGAAGGCCUCCUCCGGCGACCUGCCCGUCGUGCUGCCAGCGACGCCCGGCGUCGAGGCGCACAAAUUCUCAACGGUCGCACGCAAAACCAAAAAGGAGGCCAAAGCCCUGCGGCGCCGUACCACAAUUGGCGUGCGUCCACACGAGCCGCCGCCGCCGCCGCCACCCGUGGUCGAGAUGCGCGGCAACAGGACGCAACAGGAUGCAAACUCACCCACCUCCUGGUAUGCCGAAUGCGGCGUCUUCAAGCAGUCAACAAAUACAACAACAACACCAACAACUGAGCUGACCACGCCCACUCCCAGUGCCAAUGGCGGCGGCAGCAGCUCAUGGUAUGCCGAGUCAGGUCUGUACCAGACCAGCGGCAUAUCCGUGGCCAGUUCGAGCGGCAGCUCCGGCGUCUCCACGGGCAACGAGGCGGGCCUGGGCGAUGAGCUGCAGCCGCACAGUUUGUUCGACAACGAGCCCCUCUACCAGGUCUACAGCGCCGCCAAGCUGGAGUCCAUUACGCGCGACCUAGAGGCGCAGGAGGGCUCAACGGACGGAUACGAGGAGAUUGGCCACUCCAAGGCGCAGCCGACGACGCAGCGGAAGACGCGUCCCAGCGCUCUGCAGCUGGUGGAGCCCAAGAAUGGGCCGUCGCGCACGCUCUGGAGCGAAAUACCCGAGGUCAUCCAUUCCUGCAUAUUGCCCACCUUGACGCCCCGGGAGCGCGGCCUGCAGGAGGCCAAGUUCGAGAUCAUGACAUCGGAGGCGAGCUACCUGAAAUCCCUGAAUCUGCUGCGUCGCCAUUUCAUGAACAAUGCCGCCUUCUGCGACAGCUCCGUGCUAAGCACGCGCGACCGCAAGGCGCUCUUCUCCUACAUUGUGCCCGUGCACGAGUGCUCGGAGCGUCUGCUCACCGAGCUGGAAUGCUGCUGGCAGAACAACAUCAUGCUGCUGGGGCUGAGCCGCUGCAUCUGCGAGAUUGCCGAGCGGCAUUUCCAUGUGUACAUCACGUUCUGCGAGCACCAGGGCCGCAUGGAUCGCACGCUGCGCCGCCUCAAGGAGGCGAAGAACGGCGCCUUCCAGCAGCAGCUGGAGAAGCUGGAGUCCAGCCCCAGCUGCUGUGGCCUCAAUCUGCACUCCUUCCUCAUGCUGCCCAUGCAGCGGAUCACACGGCUGCCGCUGCUCAUCGAUGCCGUGUUCAGCAAGGAGUCGCCGCACAAUGCCGACGAGUACGAAAGCUGGAAGCUGACGCUGGCGCUCGUCCAGAAGAUCGUCGCGCAGUGCAACGAGGCGGCCAAUCGCUGUGAGCAGGCCUACGAAUUAGAGCGUAUCUCCAAGCAGCUCGAGUUCCCCGCCCAUAUACGCGCCCUGGCCAUAGCGCCGGUGGGCGUGCCCAAGCAGGGCGCCAAGCCGCGUUUCCUGGUCAAGCGGGGCGAGCUAACGCAUCUCAUGUGGCGCGGCGACGAUGCCAAGCUGACGUUUGGCAAACGCUUCACCAAGUCUAGCAUCUAUGCGUUCCUCUUCUCUGACCUGCUGGUGCUCUGCAAGCGCAAGGGCGAGUCCAACUUUACGGUGUUCGACUACUGCCCCCGCAGCAUGCUGACCCUGGCCUCGGGCGACUCACUGCCCCAGCUGCCCACCAAAGACAUCAAGGAUCCGACUAGCAAAAAUCUCAUGUUGAUGACGCUGCUGGAGAACCACGAGCGCAAGACCAUAGAACUUGUGCUGUCCUGUCCAUCGGUGUCCGAUCAGCAGCGCUGGCUGGAGGCCAUGCGUCCACCGGAGGCGGAGACGCCUGGCGAGAAGUUGUACGAGUCCUGGGACUGUCCGCAGGUUAUUGCCAAGCACAGCUACGAAUCUGAUGAGCCAGAUGUGCUACAGCUGGAGCUGGGCGACGUGGUAAACGUCUCACGCAAGCUGCCUGAUGGCUGGUACCAGGGCGAACGCAUCAGGGACGGCGCCGUCGGCUGGUUCCCCGGCAGCUACACGGAGGAGCUGAACUCGUCCCAUGUACGCGCCCGCAAUCUGAAGCAGCGCCAUCGCCUGCUCACCUUUACCGCCACCUACCUGGAGGCGCAAAAGGGCAAAUGAUUGUCGACUUCGCCAUCUCCAAUCCGGCCCAUCAUUAUUGGCCGAGUAUUCAAAUAUUAUAGUCCAUCAAAAGAUACAAUUUGUAUAAGAACAUACAAACAACAAUUUAGGAAAUGUGAUAAUUAAUUAAUUAUGUA